GCGGCGCCGCGGCGGAGCCCGCUGGCCGCGGGACCGGCGGCGGCAGCUGCGCGGGCCUGUGCGGUCUGGUGGCCACCGCAGUCACCGUUGGCGUCCUGCGGGCGGAGCAUCGUCGCCGCCGGGCCGCCACGACCGCGUGCCGCGCGUUCGGCUUCGGCAGCAGCUCCAGUGGUUUCAUGGGCGAGUCGACCGCGACCGCCUACAUCGGCAGCGGGCCCGUGCAGGCUGCCGACGCGGAGGCCCCAGCGUUCCAGCCGACGAUGGACGUGUGCAUCCUGACCGGCAUGGUCAUGAGGGGCCAAGUCUGGUGGGAGAAGCCUACGGGAAAGGACGAGAGGCCAUCCGGCACAGUCUUCGACUGGGAGCGCCGCGA